CCGCCUCUCUCUCUCUCUCUCUCUCUCUCAAAAGCUUUCUUUUCAAUUUCACACUCACAAUUCGGCUUCACCCACUCACGCUCACAACUCAAAGGAAUUGUUUGAAAUCCGAAUUUAGAAUCAAGAUAAAUGGAGGAUGUAUAUAAAGAGUUGGAUGAAGUUAAAGCAGAGAUUGAGAAGCUAAAGGCUGAGUACCGAAUUAAAACAGAACUUUCUGAAAGCUUAAAAAGAGCACACAAUGAGCAAUUACUCAAACAUCAAGAAGCUAAGCUGCAGAUUGAGAAACAAACUCAGGAAUUAAAUGCCAAGUCUGAGGAGAUAUCUGAAUUGAGGAAAAUUAAUGAAGACCUCACAUCCAGUUUGCAUGAAAAAGAACUUUCUUUUAGGAAUUUGAGUUCUGUGAAUGAAAAAUUUCAAGCUGAUUGUGGGCAGAAAUUGCAAAAGUUGGAAGGAGAAAAUAGAGAGUUGGUGUUGGCUUUAGAUGAGACGACAGCUAGAAAAAAAGAAUUGGAGCUGAAUGUUUGUGAUAGUCAUAAGGAGAUUGAGGGCCUUAAAAGACUCUUGCUGGUUACAGAAAGGAAGUGUUUUGAAGCAGAACAAAUGGCUCAAAAACCCAAAGAACUGAGGCAGAGAGAUGUCGUGAUAGUAAAAUUGGAGGAGGAAAACAGAGAUGUCCAAGAUCAGUUGAAAUGGAAGAAUGAGCAAUUUAAACAUCUUGAAGAAGCUCAUAAAAGGCUCCAAGAUCAGUUCCAGUUGAGCAAGGAAGAGUGGGAGAGGGAGAAAUCAGCAUUGCUGGAAGAGAUCUCAUCAUUGCAGACAAACUUAGAUUCUCAAACUAGAAUCCUAGAAGGUCUUCAAACUCGUUUAGAUAUGUGCAACCAAGCUUUAGCUCAUGAAGAAAGCAGGAGGAAAUUUCUGGAGGUUCAAGUAUCUGAAUUCAAGAUACGUUUUGAAAAUGUUUUUGCCCAGAGUGAAGAAGAGACGUCAAAGGUCCUGAACUUGACAGUUCAGAGGGAUGAAGAGAUUGCACGGCUAAGAAAUGCAUUGGGAAGCAAAGAAACACUCACAAAAGAAAUGGAGUUUAAAAUUGUUCACCUUGAGCAAGAAAAUCAGGACCUCGGAGAAUCUCUCAAGGAACUUCGGGAAGCUCAAAUUAAGAAUGCUGGAGCCACUUCACUAACAAAGCUGCGGAACAAGCUCAAAGGCUUGGAGCAGGUACAUAGCAAUUGCUCCAAUAAUUUGAAAGCAAAAGAAUCAGAAUGGAGCUUUCAGAUGGAAAAGAUGAAAUCAGAUAUAGAUAGUUAUAAAUCUGGACUGAAGGAUAAAGUGAAACAAAUAAAGGAGCUUCAGAUGGACCUUGAAAAUAGCCAUUCUACAAUCGAGGUUUUGAGCGAAGAGAUUUCCAUAGUAUGCAUGAUCUUAAAAUCAGAAAUUUCAGAGGCUUACUCCAAAAUACUUGAUGCAAAAGCUGAAAUGGAGCUACAUGACAAAGAGAAGGAAGGUAAAAUUUCCCAUCUUAUAGAGCAGUUGAAAGUGAAUAAAUCUCAUCUUGAUCUUGGGCAAGAAAACAAGGAAUUGGCAUCCUUAAGGAAGAGGGUUGAGUCCUUGGAAUGCAUGCAGGCCUCCAAGGAUGAUGAGCUUCAAAGGUAUAAGCAAAUGCUUGAGGAAUCAUCUGAAUGUCAACUUCAGUUGAAAAAGCAAGUUCUGCAGAUGGAAAGUGCACUAGAAAAUGAGAAAAGAGGUGCUUUUGAGGCUUUAGAGAAGGCUAAUCUUGAAUUGGCUGAAAAAAUUUGUGAAGCCAGUCAAUUGCAAUAUGAAGUACAGAAGUGGAAGUCUGAUUCUGAAAGCCUGAAAGCCUGCCUCAACAAAAAACAGGAAACCUGCAAACAACUGGAGACUUCCCUCAUCACACAGGCCAAACUUGAGCAAAUGCUUAAGGAUGAGAAAGAAAACCUUCUCUACAUUGCCAAAGAGCAAGAGAAAAGAAUUGAAGGUCAGCAGCAACAGAUUGUUUCACUAGAAGCUAAAAUUGUGGCCAAAACGGAGGAAUUGGAAGCCUCCUUAAAAGACAAAGAUAGCAUUCUCCUAAUCGCUGAAGAGAAGGAAAUUUGCAUAGAAAAUCUUCAGAAAGAUCUCAUUUUCCUGAAGCAAGAGUCCAAGAGGAGAGAAGCAGAAGCUUCAGUCCUUGGAAGGCUGGCUGCAGAGAAAGCCUUUGAGGAAGAGAAAGAGAAAUUUUUGCAGAUUAUGAAUGAGAAGGACCAGGGCAUUAACGAUCUCCAAGUACUGGCUGUUUCAUUGGAACAAGAUCUGGAAAUUGCAGUGAUCUCUUGUUUUUCAGAGCUCAUAGAAAAGCAUGUCAAAUUUAUUGUUCUCAAUGAAGCUAUCAAGAAUGCUGAGUAUCUGACAAAGCUUGAGAUUGAAGAGAAGAACAAGUUAAUUGUAAAUCUUCAGAAAGAUCUCAUUUUCCUGAAACAAGAGUCCAAGAGAAGAGAAGCAGAAGCUUCAGUCCUUGGAAGGCUGGCUGUAGAGAAAGCCUUUGAGGAAGAGAAAGAGAGGCUUUUGCAGAUUAUGAAUGAGAAGGACCAGGGCAUUAAUGAUCUCCGAGUACUGGCUGUUUCAUUGGAACAAGAUCUGGAAAUUGCAGUGAUCUCUUGUUUUCCAGAGCUCAUAGAAAAUCAUGUCAAAAUUAUUGUUCUCAAUGAAGCUAUAAAGAAUGCUGAGUAUCUGACAAAGCUUGAGAUUGAAGAGAAGAACAAGUUAAUUGUAAAUUUGGAAAAAGAAGCAUGUAAUUUACGACAGAGACUGGCAUAUGAGGAGGAAUGUUUGCUUUGUUCAAGAAGAGAGGAGGAGCAGUAUAAAGCAUUACUAGAAGUCAACAAGUUGGAAACUGAAAAGUUAAAGGAUGAGCAGAGGAGCAUGGAUUGCUUAGUUAAAGAGCUUGAGUUUGAAAAAGGAACUUUGGUCCAAGACAGUUUGAAGUUAUCGACAGAAAGGGAGGAUCUUUUGGUUCAUAUUCAGAAAAUUUGUAAUCAGAUUGGUGAAUUUUCCUUUGAGGAUGAGAAACUGAUGACAAAUUUGGGAAGAAUAUUGCAGAAUUCUGUGGAAGAGACUGGAAGAGCAAUGGAUUUGAUGGUGGAUGGUGAGCUCUAUGAUUCUACCAGAGAGAAUUCAGACACUUGUUUUUCUGGCACAACAAAGAAACUUGAAGCAGGCGCUGAUGAAAGAUUACCACUAAAAGAGGUCAACCAUUGACAGCUAUAAUUACAAGAAGAAAUGUCCUGUAGAAUAUGCCACAAGUUUCAGGAGUUGAUAGGGGUCUGGAUGAAAAUGAAGCAACGCGCUAGUAGAAACUAGAAGGGGCUUCUGUCGUUUCCAUUAGCAAACACUGGACCAUCCUGUGUUGAGCUAGAACUAGUGGCAAGGAUUGUUAUGAUCUUACGUUUGUAUUCUUUUGUUGUUUCAUUCAAUUACUGCUUAGUACAUUAGGUUCUAUAUUGGCAGCAGUCUAUUAAUCUGUUGUAUCAUUCAUGUGGAAGAACUUCGGUUCUGAUUCUCUUUCAAUUGUAUGAAAACAAUACAUGCAAAACUGGUGGAAACAGGCUUUUAAGUCUACACCUGUUGUCCUAUAAUCUCAUCUUCAAUAUUUAAGGUAGACUUGAUCUUAGCUGAAAGGCCGAGAAAGUUAUUAAGAUUUGAGGAA